AUGCUCUCUUCAACAUGGAAGCAUAGGGCACCCGUCGCCCUCCAUUUGAGUCGCACUGUCCAACCAUCGCAACGCAUCCUCAGAACGUUCGCCACUGAAACAUCGCCUGCAACAUCCACCAAGAAACCAACAACCAUGAAGUCAACCACAACUAACGAGACAGACGCCGUCGAGAUUCAAUUGCCCGAAUCUUCCUUCGAGGGAUACAUGCUCGACGUGCCCAACUUGAAAUUCCAAACAACAAAAUCCACAUUACUACAAAUGUACAAAGAUAUGAUAAUCAUAAGAAGAAUGGAAAUGGCGUGUGAUGCUCUUUACAAGGCAAAGAAAAUUAGAGGGUUCUGUCAUUUGUCCAUCGGACAGGAAGCCAUCGCUGUCGGGAUCGAGAACGCCAUCACAAAACGCGAUUCCGUCAUCACCUCUUAUAGAUGUCAUGGGUUCACUUUCAUGAGAGGUUCUUCCGUGAAGGCCGUGUUGGCAGAAUUGAUGGGGAGAAGAGCUGGGGUCAGUUUCGGGAAGGGUGGAUCCAUGCAUCUUUAUGCACCAAGUUUCUAUGGGGGGAAUGGUAUCGUGGGGGCUCAAGUGCCCCUAGGGAACGGUUUAGCAUUCGCUCAUCAAUAUAAGAAUGAAGACGCUUGUUCCUUUACUUUGUAUGGGGAUGGGGCUUCCAAUCAAGGUCAAGUCUUUGAAUCGUAUAAUAUGGCUAAAUUGUGGAAUUUACCAGUCGUGUUUUGUUGCGAGAAUAAUAAAUAUGGGAUGGGGACUUCUGCUGCUAGAUCCUCUGCCAUGACUGACUACUAUAAACGUGGUCAAUAUAUUCCAGGUUUAAAAGUUAAUGGGAUGGAUAUCUUGUCUGUUUAUCAAGCUUCUAAAUUCGCUAAGGAUUGGUGUCUUUCUGGGAAGGGUCCAUUGGUAUUGGAAUAUGAAACUUAUAGAUAUGGUGGUCAUUCCAUGUCUGACCCAGGUACCACAUAUAGAACAAGAGAUGAAAUUCAACACAUGAGAUCAAAGAGUGACCCAAUCGCAGGUUUAAAGACACAUCUAUUGGAAUUGGGAAUCGCCACAGAUGAAGAAGUUAAAGCUUAUGACAAGGCUGCAAGAAAAUAUGUUGAUGAACAAGUGGAAUUGGCUGAUGCUGCACCACCACCAGAACCUAAAUUAUCUAUAUUAUUCGAAGAUGUUUACGUGAAGGGAACUGAAACUCCAACUUUAAGAGGUAGAAUUCACACUGACACCUGGGAUUUCAAGAAACAAGAUUUCGCUUUCAGAGAUUAA